GGCGUCCUGGCCACCAGGUGAGAGAAGCCGGCCAAAGAUGAUGCCGCCAUGGAGACGGCCGAGGAGGCAAAGGAUCCUGCCAAAGCGGACAUCACGGAGCUCUGCCGGGACAUGUUCGCCAAGAUGGCCACCUACCUGACCGGGGAACUGAUUACCACCAGUGAAGACUAUAAACUCCUGGAAAAUAUGAAUAAAAUAACCAGUCUGAAGUAUCUUGAAAUGAAAGAUAUUACUAUAAACAUUUGUAGAACCUUAAAGGAUUUAAACCAGAAGUAUGCGGGGCUGCAGCCAGACCUAGACCAGAUCAGUGUCAUCGAGGAGCAGGUGGCAGCUUUGGAGCAGGCGGCUUACAAGUUGGACGCGUAUUCAAAAAAACUGGAAGUCAAGUACAAGAAGCUGGAGAAGCAGUGAAAAACUUACCACUACGGGACAAAACCUUUUUUAAUGUGGAGGAAUGUUUUAUGAGCCCUGAG